AUGGGUAGGGUGAAGUUGGAAAUAAAGAAAAUAGAGAACAACACAAAUAGGCAAGUGACGUUUUCAAAGCGACGCAAUGGCCUCAUCAAGAAGGCUUACGAGCUCUCUGUUCUCUGCGAUAUAGAUAUCGCGCUCAUCAUGUUCUCCCCUUCUGGUAGGCUUAGCACCUUCUCUGGUCGCCGGAGGAUUGAAGAUGUGAUUGAGAAGUGUAUUAAUGUGCGAGAGCAUGACAAAGAAGGCAGGGCUAAGCUGGACAAAGAUUACUUGAUGAGGACUCUUACCAAGCUCAAAUAUGAGGAUGACAUGGCUGCCCACCAAGCCAAAUUUUUGGAGCCCAAUCCUGAGUCUCUGGACCCUUUGAUAUCUUUGAGCGAGCUCGAAUCAUACGAGAAAUUUUUUAUAGAAUCUCUGACACAUGUUUCUGAGAAAAAGAAUUUCUUGCUGGGCAAUAAUCUCCCCGCCUACGAUCCAUCCCUGACGAGCAUACCGAUGAACCUACAACCUGAACAAGAAGGAAUGACAAACUCGUUGAGCUACAAUCACAUACAAUGGGUCCAGAAUCGCUUUGUAGAAUUUCAUCCAACGAGGCAGGAAUCACGAGAUGUGCGAGUCGAUGUCAACUCAAAUGGACCAACAAGUGGGAGUCGACACGUGGCAACAAGGCUAUGCAUCUACGGAGCACUUCUCGGCAUCCGCGCCGUUAAUAACCCAGGAAUGCCAGCGUUGUCGUCGGUUGAGCUACAGGUCGAGGACGGCAGAUGUGGUGGCGAGAAUGUGAAUGUGAAACGAUCUUUGGCAGUUUGA